AGCAGCCUUUGCCAGGGACAAAAUCUGGACGUCACUAUUCGAGAAGCUCAAACGGGCAUUGGAAAUAAGCGUUCAAUGGCUGAACUUGUUAACCCAGGGGAGAUGCGGGAUGAGGUGGCCGAGAUACGCAAGGAAGACUCCAGCGACACCAGUGCCGAUGGCCAGCCGAUUGCUGAAUCCUCAUAUUUUUCUUGCUUGGUGUGCAUGCGCACCGCCCGUUCACCGCGGGUUAGCUUCUGCGGCCACCACUUUUGUUAUAGGUGCAUUAGGCAUUGGAUCAAGACUCAGGGAUCCAAGGUCAAGUGUCCAUAUUGUCAGUCCCGGAUUGGCGAGAAUACUUUGAUCGCAAUUCGUUACCCAGGCAGCGGCUUGCCGAAACAUACUAAGUGCAAGUCCCUCGAAGAGCAUCGUAUGCGAAUCCUCAAGAGCGUCGAUUACAUCAAUGAAUUGGCCCAGUUACCGGCGGCCGGAAUGUUUGUAAGGGGCUAUAUUGAGUAUCCACCGGAGCCGUUUCCACGUGUUAGGCCCCUUCCCCCCCAGUUGCUCGUCCAGGUGCCUGAUUACCCCAUUCGCCGCACCUUCAGUGACUACACAGUAGUCCAGCGUACCAUAAUGGUUAUCAUCAUGGUCGUUUUGUUCACUAUGUACCAGACUGAGCUGUUGCCUUUGAAAUAGAAAGGUUUUCUUUUUAAAACAAUUAUUUUUUCAAAAUCUCAUGCCUUUUUCGACAUGGCAGUUGAUUUCUAAAUUCCAAAGUCUAUACAUAUUUCGUGUUAAUUUUGUUAUGUUUUUGAGAAUAUAAAUGUUUACAAAAGUCUGCUCAA